UCCAUUUCUUCAACAAAAGUAGCACGUUUGAAGCCCACCAUCUUGUGUGUGAGAAAACUCAUCAUCUUCUCAACUUUGAUACACAAAAACAAAAAACCAAUGAACGGGCCUGCCACGGACUGGGCCUGAUCAGUCUUCAUUAAUGACCCAAAUUAUAUUUUCCAAAACCUUUUUGUAUAUAUACUGUCAGGCCAUUUUUAAUUUUGGUCAAAUCACUAUAAUUAAAAAACUUAAAAAUUCUAAAUUAAAAAAGAAAAGAAACCUACACUUUAUACCCCACAACUGCCACUCUCUUAUCCCCUGCACGGCUUAAACCCUUCUUCAUCUCUCUCUCUCUCGGCGGCUACGCUGCAGCAACUAUGGCAUCAGUUCAGCCUGUGGAUUCUGAAAUUGAGAAAGGCUUUGCCCCGUUUUCAAUAUCUAGCAAUAAGGGCCCGGAUACCAUUCAUCUUAGCCCCUUUCAGAGCCACAAGAAUAACAAAAGCCUUGGCCCUGCCACUUCACACCACAGUCUGUCUUCUGCAAGACUGCCUCCACAACCUAGUAUUCAGGAAGGACUUGCGACGAAUCGGAUUUCAAGUGUUUCAAGUGAUACAGAACCACAUGCUAGUCCUGUUGAGCCACAAGUUCUUGAACCAGUUGAAAAUGCCCCCGCAGAAAGUUCCCCUGGAACUGGAAGUACAUCAGACAACACGUUUCGCAGAAUUAAGGAAAAAAUCACCAGGAUGUUCAGAUGUUCAAGUAGUUGAAACAAAAGCUGGCACGUUUGACUCAAAAGUGCUUGCCUGAGGAAAAGAAGAUUCAACAUUUUUACGGCAUUUCUUAGCAUGCAGUUUUGAGGAGAGUUCCAGUUUUUGAUUACUGAGGUUGAAUCAGCUGACAAAGUGGAGUUCUGGGUUUUCAAAAAAACAAAAAAAACAAAAAAAAAACAAAAAAAACAAAAAAAUUCAAAAAAAUUCAAAAAAUUCAAAAAAAUCAAAAAAACAAAAUUACUGAGGUUGAAUUUAUAGAUAUUGUGUUUAGUAUACUGCUAAAUUAUUUGUAUUCCCCGAGUUCAUUCUUGUGUUUAAUUUCUCAUUUGACAUUUUUAGUACAGAAUCCCUUACAAAUAUACUCCUUGAAGUUUAAUGUAG